AACCCAGCCUCCAACCCUCUAUAAAUUGAUAGUGAUAAUGCAAUGUUUAAGCACCAAAAUAGCCCAACUUGAGCAAAACACUUACAUUUCCAACUGAUCUUUGUUGACCAAAAAUGGCUUACUCUAAGACCCUUCUCGUUCUCGGCCUCCUUCUCGCUCUUCUUUUCGUCUCCUCUCAUGUCUCAGCUCGUUUACUCGAGGAGGAUAAAGGUGGUGUAGAGAGUGAUCAUCAUGGACACCACCACCAUGAUCAUGGACACCACCACCAUGACCAUGGACACCACGAUCAUGACCACGGUCACCAUGGACAUGACCACGAUGCUAAUGUUGAUGGCUUAGAUGGUCAUCAUGGACACCACGGCGGAGGACAUGGACACCACGGCGGACACCAUGGCCACGAUGCUAACGUCAACGACUUGGAUGGUCAUCAUCACCAUGACCACGAUCAUGGACACCACGAUCACGGCCAUGACCACGGCCACCAUGGCCAUGACCAAACUCAGAGUGUUAAGAAUUAGAGAACAAAAACCUGCAGCACCCUAUCUGCUACCAUGUUGGUUAACAAUGAAAGUAUAUCAUUGUACGAUGAAAUAAAGUUUGUUUCCAGUGUGUUUUAAAUUCAAAUAAAGCAAACAUAUGCUUUAUGAAAUGCUGAAAUAUCAUACUUUCUUUGCCUUGUUGCAACUUAUGAUCUUUAUGGUUUUCAUAUAUAUAUGUAUGUAAUGUCAAAUUAUAUACAAAGUUGAUUUGCUUUGUAUGCUGCUUAA